CUUUAACUAGAACAAUAAAAUACACAAAAAGAACUUGUACUCAAACCAAUAGGCUGAGUGGAUGAUGACUUGAUGACUUUAAUAUGAUGUAUGUUCACAGGGUGGCUCAAUGGAAGGAGACAGCAGCCAGAAGGCCUCUGGAACCAAUUCCCAGGGAAACAAAUGGACCCAUCUGGGACCAUCAGUCUAUGACAAUGGCGGGAAUUAUCGGUAUGACAACAAGGAUGACAGCUACUACUACCAGAACAAGGAUGGGUCUACCUACUACAACGAUAAGCAGGGUUAUGCCAAGUACAUGCCCCCUUCUGAAAAUCCCAGGAAUUACGAUGAAGAAGAAGAAGAAAAUCCCAGGGAUGUAGAAGACGAAGAAGGCGACGAAGAGGAAAAAGAGGAGGGAGAGGAGGGAUACGAAGGCUACGAAGAACAAGAGAUAGAAGCACAAUAUGAGGACGAUGAAGAUGACUGACCAGCAGUUUUUUUUGGAGAGAGAGAGAGAGAGAGAGAGAGAGAGAGAGAGAGAGAGAGAGAGAGAGAGAGAGAGGAGUUGAAAACUUUGAGUAUGCGGACUCCACUGGGUUUCUAGGGAGGACGUUUUCAUCGUAUCGAGUAGUAGGAGAAGGGGUCACUCCUGAAUAAUGAGAUGGAUGUAUCUGACAGCAGGUUCAAGUGUAACUUCAGUCCGAAAUGGCCAAUCCAAGUGGGAUUAUGAUCCAGUAUCGCAUAUACUGUGGAGGUUAUAAGGUGUCCAGUGGGCGACCAGUUUGUUAAUAAAUUCCCUUUUGCUAG